CCUGAGAUGAACUUGGGAAAGGAGAAACCCUCAGCCCAAGGCUUUUUCCUUUCUUUUUUUCCCCCAAACCAGGAUUUUUCAUUCCCAAGCUGUGGUCAGAUGGAGGAGGAGGAGGAAAAGCCCUGGAGAUCUCACACAAGGAGAGGCUGCAAACCCAGCCCAGGGAGCUGUGAGGAGGAAAGAUCCUCCCUCUGCCGGGAAGGUGGUCGGAGAUCCAGCCGGAGCUCAGAGCAGGGGGUGAAGCCCCACAAGUGUUUGGAAUGUGGGAAAGAUUUCAGCCACAGCUCCAGCCUGCUCCGGCACCAGGUGAUCCACACUGGGGAAAAGCCCUACGAGUGUGGGGAAUGUGGGAAGAGCUUCAACCAGAGCUCCAACCUGAGGGCACACCAGGUGAUCCACAGUGGGGAAAGACCCUAUGAGUGUGGGAAAUGUGGGAAGAGCUUUGGAAAUAUCUCUGACCUGAUGAAACACCAGGUGAUCCACACAGGGGAACGGCCCUACACCUGCUUGGAAUGUGGGAAGAGCUUUGGGUGGAGCUCCUACCUGAGGGCACACCAGCGCAUCCACACUGGGGAGAGGCCCUACGAGUGUCCUGAGUGUGGGAAGAGGUUUCAGACCAGCUCCCAUGUCCUCAAACAUGAGCGGAUUCACACAGAGGAGAGGCCCUUCCGCUGCCCCGACUGCGGGAAGGGCUUCAAGCAGAACGGCCACCUCACGGUCCACCGGCGCAUCCACAGUGGGGAGAGGCCCUACGAGUGUCCCCAGUGUGGGAAGAGCUUCUCCGUGAGCUCAACCUUGACCCGACACCAACAGAGGCACCAGUAAAGGAA